AUGGCAUCGAGCACAGCGGAACCUUCGACGCCGCGGCGCGAGAAUGCGGCGCCGGCUCCGAUCACACCUGCGGGACUGCUCCCCGACCGGCCGCCGAUUGCUGCCCUUUUUUUGAUCGAAUUUGACGUCAAGGCCGGCUACACCAUUGUCUGGAAGCAGGCCACACCCGGGCUGGACCUGAGUGGUGCUGUCGAGUACAAGAGCCUGCCAUCUGGUCUGCACGCCGUGUCGGAAGAUCUCAUCUACUUUGUGCAUGAAGAGGCUAGCAACGGCGAUGCUGGCUCGACAUCGAGCACGCCCCCCUCCGACACCACCGGCUAUGCGGGCCUCAGCGCGUUUGUCAACCUGCCGACCGAAGAGGCGGGCGCCCGCAACGCGCGCAUGAUUGCCGUCGGUGUGCUGGUCCGGCGCAGUUACGGCCGGCUUGGCCGUGCAUGGCGACACGCUGCAGCGUUGAUGGACAUGGCUCGACAGUUGGCUGCCGACAGCACGCAGGUGCCAUUGUUGGAAGCGUACUGGCUCAAAAACGGCUCGACGGGCGCGGCUAGUGCUGCGUCUCCCGUGGCGGAUGAGCGCCCACUGCUCCAAAUCACCGAUUCGCCGUUGGGCUCGCCUGCCGUGCCCGUUCCCCCGCCCAUGGGCUACCGGCCGCAACCUUCAUUGGCAGUGCCAAAACAUUCGCGCAGCCGCUCUGUCUCGGACGGAACCGCCCUCCUUCUACCCCCUGGCCACCGCCUGUCGCCGCACCAUCCGGCCUGGAGCCUGACGACGCUGCUCGACACGUUUGGCCCGCUCAUUUUCCCCAUCUACCGCGCGGCCCUGCUGCGGAAGCGAAUCUUGAUCUCGACCCACGCGCCCGUGCGGGAGACCAACAAUUUCGUGUACAACAUUUCGGUCCUGGCGAAUGUUCCUAAUUCGGCCCUUGAUCUCGUCGAACCUUCGGCCGUCGCCCACCAACGCAUCCGUCCCUUAUUUACCAUCGGGGUCAACGACAUUACCUUCCUGAUGGAUGACCUAGCCGCCUCGAAACGGGCAACACGUGACACUGCUGAGGCAGGAGGAGCAACCCUGCUCGACAACAGCAAACCCGCAUACACGGGACCAGGCUGGAUCGCCUGUACUACCGACAGCAUCCUGGCUAUGAAGAGCGACCUCUGGGACGUGUUGAUUACAAUGCCACCUCCAGCAAGUGCCCACCAGGCAUCACCAGUGAAGCCGUCACCGUCCUCGUCCUCGUCAGCACGAACGGCGGGUGUCAAAGACAGCAAAUCUGAGAAAAUCUGGCCGACGGUCGAGAUUGCAAAGGGCGUGCCACUCAAGGCCACCCAGCGUGACCUGCGCCGCUACAAAGCGCUGGUGGCCGGCCUGGAGAGGCUGGCAGGCCGUAGCGAGUCGCUCUCGAGUCAAGCAGACGCACAACUCACCGACGCUUCCGAAUCUAUCGUGGAGCCGACAACCUGGGCCGCCUUGGCGUACCACGGCUUUAUGUGGUGGGCCAGUGCUGGUGAACAGAGCCGGUCUGGGGAAACAGACGAGACGAUUCAUGACGCACAGCUUCUGGCCGACAUUGCGCCUCCUCGGCCACAAGUGGCGCCAUCUGACAAUCCCCAGUCGCCCUCUGCGAAUGCCAACCUCCUCGACUCGGUCACGUCCCUGACGGCAGGGCGGGCACCAGCGGACGAGAUGGACGGUAGUAAUGACAAUGGCACCGACGAAGACGACAAUGAGGGCGAGGAGCGUGCUCGCCUGGAGCUUGCUAUUAUUACCUACUUCCACCGCCUCACCACGCAGAUUCUAUCAGUGCUGUCAGACAUUGUCGAGGGCAGCGAUGACGACGAGUACGAGGAGGACGCGUACUACGACGACGACGACGGCGAGGGUGCCUAUUAUGAGGAUGAUUACGAUGACAAUGAUGAUGCAACCAAUGCGGUCCGCGGCAGUGGCGAGGGCGAUGGUAUAGUGGGUCAGUCCAGUCGGUCGUCUGACGACGAUGACCUCGUGGAUGCGCGCCGUAGCGGUCUUUCCGGCGCCGCAUCGUCGUCAACAGCGCUUCUCCUUAGGAGACGUGGUGGCCGUACUUCGUCAUCCUCCUCGGCGCGACGACAUCGCAACAACAAUGCCAACAACAACAACAACAACAACAACCGCAGCCACGCUCGGCUCUACCCGCAGCCUUCGACUCAUACCCUCCGCGUCGACAGCGAUGCCGUCUCGCGCAUGGGCUUGGAUGUGUGGAGCCAGGCGGACGCUGCGUUUGUUCGGGACAUUGCGCAGCAGUACUUUUCUGUCGGCAGCGGGCUACGUAGCCAGCGUGCCGUGCACGUGGAAAGCAAGGGCAUCGAGGUGUGCGGGCUCAAGAUCUGUUGA